CAGCUACUUAACGAAUGAUGCGUUUCAGAUAACGUCACCGUUUUCUUAACCACCCAAUUCCCACAACCGUUCAUCUUUCCCUCCACUCACGCGCCCGCGCGUUCAGAUAACCCGACCUCGCCGCAUCCCAAUUCCCAUGGCCGUUCACGCGGCGGUCGUAGUUUCUGCUUUCAUGAAAACGGCUUCCCCCAUUCUCUCUUACUCCAUCGGCAUCUCUCACCAGCAGAGAAUUUUUGCUCCGAUUUCCUCUAUUCCUCUGUCUCCGUUCAGACACAGCAGCAUCACAACUCACGUCGGCAGGAAGAGGGAUAUUAGCGCAAGAGCCGCUAAAUCCGAACCGGGAAUUGACCCGAAGCUCGGUGUUGCGGUUUACAAGCCAAAAUCGUACGAAGUACUCGUGUCCGACGCUGCCGCUUCCCUUUUCUACGCCCUGCAAGACGGAAAAUCCCGUCUCGAAAUUGAGUUCCCUCCAUUGCCCAGCAAUAUUUCUUCUUAUAAGGGUUCGUCUGAUGAGUUCAGUGAUGCCAACAUUCAACUUGCAUUGGCAGUUGUUAGAAAACUGCAAGAGAAGCAAGAAACAAAAGCCUGCAUUGUGUUCCCUGAUAAGCCUGAAAAGCGUAGAGCGUCAGAUAUUUUCAAAGCAGCUUUUGACUUGAUUGAUGGUAUAACUGUUGGGUCCUUGGAUGAUGUACCUAGUGGAGCGGUCACAACAUUCUUCAAAUCCAUUAGAGACACUUUGGAUUUUGAUUUUGUGGACAAAAAUGAAGGUCGUUGGCAAUCUGAUAUACCACCAUCACUUUAUGUUUUCAUAAAUUGUAGCACAAGAGAUCUGUCUGUAAUAGAGAAGUAUGUGGAAAAAUUUGCUUCCUCCACCCCAACUGUUCUCUUUAACUUGGAACUUGACACAUUGCGUGCUGAUCUAGGCCUUUUAGGAUUUCCCAGCAAAGAUUUGCAUUAUCGGUUUCUUUCUCAGUUCGUUCCCGUUUUCUACAUUCGAACAAGAGAGUAUUCAAAGACAAUUGCUGUGGCACCUUAUGUGGUGAACUAUGAUGGAGCGUUAUUCCGCCAAUAUCCAGGGCCUUGGCAAGUGAUGCUGAAGCAAGGGGACAAUUCUUAUGCUUGCGUGGCUUAUAGUGCAACUCGUUUCACUCUCGGUGAAACUAAGGAAGAACUUUUGAGAGUCCUUGGACUAAAGGAAGAAGAAGGAAGCUCACUAGAGUUCCUUCGAAGAGGUUACAAGAGUGCCACUUGGUGGGAAGAAGACGUGGACUCGGAACUAUCUUCUGCAUGGCGUAGUUGAACGGGCUUUUAUAAGUUCAGAAUACAAUUGCAGAAAUUUACUGGAAAAACGGAACUUGGUACAACGACCUUUACUUGCAAGGCUGUAAACAGAGCAAAAGCCGAGGCAGAUUGUGUAGCUGAGUGUAAGGAUUUCCCAUUUUAUGCUAAGACUGGAGAGUGUCAAUGGGGUUGGUUUUGGCUGUGGGGUUCGUCGAAUUUAGGCCCAUGUGUAUGUUACGUCUAAAACAUACACAUUGUUCUUAAAGAAAUUAUAUCUUUUAAAGAAAGCUUCAAAUGUCAAAUUUACAGGUAAGACAAUGUGACACUUGUGAAAAUUCACAAUAGUUUUGUCUUUAUUAGUUACCCGUGAAAUCAUGGAAAUGGAUCUGUGAAUAAUUAAUCUUUGUCAAAGACAGUUGGGACAGGAUUAGUUGUCACAUAGUUAUACUUUCUU